AUGACAACAAAGAGAAAGGCUAACUCAAGUUUGGAAACACCAGAGUUUAAGCGAGGUACCACAACUUCGGUUAAGGAUGUACAAAAGUUGGGUAUGGAGAUUGAAAAUGAAGCCAAAUAUAACAAUUUCACGAUUUUGAUUGAUCAACUUGAGAAGAUCAUCUCAAAAUUAAAAUUUAAAAAAGAUGCAAAUUUGGAAUCGGAGGGAAGAAAGAUUGUUUCCAUUUUAUUUAAAAAUUUUAAAAUUUUAUUUGGAGAAGGGAAAUUAAAGAAAACCAAAAAUCAAGAUGAGGAAACUAAAAUAGUUAUUAAUUGGAUCAUAACAAAGAAUGACCGCUUCAAAGGUAUACUACUCGAGCUUCUUGAAUCAAAGUUGAGCUAUGAAACGUCAUUACAAUUGGAUGCUUUAGACACUUUACUCAAUAUACUCAGGAUAGAAGCAUCUUAUACUAAAGUAUUUCCAACUAAGACAUAUCAGUCAAUAGUGAAAGUACUAUUAAAUGGUCAAAACGGAGUCAUUUUACCGGAUGGACUUUCGAAUAGCUUUGUUUUAUUAGAGUUCAUCGAAUCAUUUUUUGUCAAGUAUUGGGACCUUCAAUUUUAUUUCUUCAGUAAUUUACCAAAUAUUUUAAAAGAAUGGAAAAGUAGUCUUGCACCCGACAAAUUACAAUUAAUAUAUGCUAAUUUCAUAACAAUAAUACGGAAUAAAUUAUUAUUUGAUACUAACGAGGAAGAAUUAAAAUCAAAAUCUACAUGGAUUUCUCAAACAUAUUUAUCUUCGAUUUAUAAAUUCAAUCUUUUUAAAUCACAAUUUCAAAAAUCAAUUACUACCAUCUUAUCAUACCCUUUGACCAUUUCACAAUAUAAAACAACUUUGUUGAUUCUACAUAAAAGAGUUAUACCGUUUAUGUCCCAACCACAAGGAUUAAUGGAUUUCUUAACUGAUCUAUACAAUUUACAGGAGCAAAAUGAAGAUUCAAGUGAAUGGGAGGAUGCAAAUGAGGAAUUAGAUCAUUCGAUGAUACCGAUUUUAACCCUAAACUCAUUAUACGAAUUGAUGAAGAAUCACAAUUUGGAAUAUCCCGAUUUUUAUACAAAAUUAUAUUCAUUAUUGGACUCAAACUUACUUUAUACCAAAUAUAGAUCAAGGUUUUUCAGAUUGGUGGACUUAUUCUUAUCUUCGACGCAUUUAUCGUCCAAUUUAGUUGCUUCAUUUAUUAAGAAAUUAGCAAGGUUGGCGUUAACAGCGAGUGCUUCUGGUGUUGUUAUGAUAAUACCGUUCAUUUAUAAUUUGUUGAAAAGGCAUCCAACUUGUAUGAUAAUGUUACACAAUACAAACAUCGAACUGAUAAAUGAUCCAUACAAUAAUUUGGAAUCAAAUCCAAUGAAUACCAACGCCAUAAAUUCAUCAUUAUGGGAAUUGGAAACUUUGAUGAAUCAUUAUCAUCCAAAUAUUGCUACAUUGGCUAAAAUUUUUAAAGAACCUUUUAAAAAACCAAAUUAUAAUCUAGAAGAUUUCCUAGAUUGGAGUUAUAUCAAAUUGCUAGAAACUGAACAAUCAAGGAAGUAUAAAGUUCAAACUACCGCUUUAGAAUUUGAAGAGUUCAAUUCUGCUUUAAAUGUUAAACAUGGUUCAGCUAAUGAUGAUGAAGAUGAAGUCAGUAAGAAUAUUUUAUUAGAAAGUUGGUGUAUGUAG